GGCUUCAAAGACCAUGAGCAGUUGGCCGAGCUCUGGGCGCAGCACAUCCUGGACCCGAUGGACUUCGACUACAGCGAGACUGUGUCGGGCCCAGGGAUGUGCAUCGACACGGACGCGCUGAAGAAGGCACACCCCUUCAUCAGCGCCACCCGCGAUGCCGUCCAGAACGCGAGCAUCCCGCAGAAGGUUGCUGAGGCAGCGCUCGACAGGAUCGCUCGGGCGAACGAGGAGGCCUGGAAGCUCGCUGACGCCAGGAAGGAGUGGAGCGCUUCCAAGGGCAAAAUGAUCAGGGCGAUGCUGGCGCAU